UCAGCCAGUAAGAUCCAGACCAGCAACACGAAGUCCAUUCAGUCCUGUGAGCCUCAGCACUCGAUUUCCCCUCCUCGGUGUGACGUCACAGUUGGUAGACCCAGUGUUUCGCUAUCUGAGUGUAAGCUUUGGAUUUGAUUGGUCGAAUCAAGCCAAAGGUCACUCCUGGACAAUAUAUAUUUAUAUUGAAAGACAUACAUACAGCACCGCUAUAGACUUGGAUAUUUCUGAGAGAGAUAUUUCGAGGCCAAAAGGAGAUAUAAUCCUUCAAGGCUUGUAUUUUUCUGGAGAUCUUGUUGAAUUUUUUACCAGUGGAUAAAAAAAACAUUUUAAUUAUUUCAACCAGUUUUGUUUCGUGAAGUUCGAGGUUAUUUCGAGAUUUCUAUUUGUGAUUGCUUGUUUUACGAAUCUCUGAAGAAACUUCUCGAUUUAAUUGAGAAAGCUACCUGUCUGAGACCAGUACAUAGCCUGGAACUCGCGAGUUCAAGGUCACAGAUGUUUCGGAAGAUGUGGCUGUCGGCGGCGGCGACGCUGGUGGUGUUGUCGCUGCUGACGUUUCGCGUGGAAGGUCACGGCCGUCUGAUGGAUCCCCCCGCCCGCAACAGCAUGUGGAGGCUGGGGUUCGCGAACCCCGUCAACUACAACGACAACGAGCUGUACUGUGGUGGAAGAAUGACUCAGUGGGCGCGGAACAACGGCAAAUGUGGGGUGUGUGGUGACGCCCACCACGGCAAGCGCGAGCACGAGGCGGGCGGGAAGUACGCCAAUGGGAUCAUCGCUCGUGAAUACAAGCAGGGUGACGUCAUUGACGUCACGGUUCACAUCACAGCCAAUCACAAGGGAUUUUUCGAGUUUCGUAUCUGCCCAGUCCAAGAUCCUAAAGUUGAAGUCACACAGGAAUGUCUGGACAAAAAUCUUCUGGAGAAAGCAGAUGGCAACGGUACUAGGUACAUGUUGCUUGAUGGUCAGUCCAAUCAGUUCUUCAAUGUUUCACUGCGACUUCCGGCCGACCUGACAUGUAAACAAUGCGUCAUUCAAUGGAAGUACAGGACAGGCAACACCUGGGACAAGGACGAGACGGGUAAAUUCUGCGUGGGGUGCGGACCCCAGGAAGAGUUCUACAACUGCGCUGACGUCACGAUACACGCCAAAGAAGCGGAGAAGCAGAAAUCACCGCCAGCCGGCAAAAGCACCACGAAGCCUCAAGGUAUGGUCAAGAAGGAGAACAUCGUUUUCACUAACGAGGACCCUGAUGCCAACAGUAAGAUGAGCCGGUACGGGAAACAGAAAGCCAAAUUUGUCCAGGAUUCGGCCAAAUAUUCCAAUUUGGCAACCGAUAGUAAAUUAGUUACCCAGAGUAACGUGGUAGAUGCGAACCAAAUGAAAAUUGAGAAAGAAAAUAAUUUCGAAAUGUUUAAAAAAUUCAACGAGCCGUCCAGUAUUUACAAGACGAACGCGAGAUUCGGGUACCUCGGCGAGGCUAUGAACAAGGGGAAUGUUCAGGCCGAGUCGGUGCCACAGAGUCCAGCGUUGGAGCCAUACAGGUGGCAGGCCGGCAUAUCGAAGAAUGUCGUCUCUAAAGAAAACUCCAAACCACAAGGCUAUAGCGUCGUUGCUGAGGAUAGGACUAACAGCUUGCCGAGCAGCGCUUCCAAAGAAAGCAACGCCCCCAUCAAAACCGUCCUGGUCAUCAGUAAAGACGGCAGUUACAUCAAGGAGCGUCCAAGUCUACAGACCAGACAAGAGGCUCAACCAGUCCCUAGACGCACGGCAACCAGCAGCCCAAAUCAGGUUCAAACCACGCAAGCAAAACAGGCCGAACAGGAUGAAAGUUUCCUGCAAAGAUGGAAGCUUAUGCGUUUGAGAAACCUGAUCAAUCAAAUCACGACAAAUGCGUCGACCAACGAAAACACUCCUGUUAAUGAAAUAUCAAAUGAAAACACCCCUGUUUAUGAAUUAUCCAAUAAAAACAUCCCUAGCUCUUCAACAGUCAAUGAAAAUCUUCCUAUCACUCAUUCAGCGGCUGAGGUUCAAAAACAGCAGAUGUUGAAGACGAUUCAAGCAAUGCGACAAAAUGGAAAAAGCAGACAAAACAUCGACUCCAGAUCACCCUUCACGCCUCCUCCAUCAGACAAACUGGCACCCGCAUCCCAGAAUUCAACUGUCAUUAAACCUGCACCAAAACAAACAACCAUCUCAAGUAGUCUACACAAAUAUCUGAGAAAACGAAUCCCCACUUGGCUCAUAGCUGCACUUAGACUAAAACAGAAAGAAGAAGAAGAAAAGAAGGCCAACAGUUGGAACACUGCUAGGGACAACGAGAUCUCUAAUGGGCUUCAGCAGCCUUCUGUACAGGAUAAAUCUGUCACUCAGGUUAUUCCCACACGGGCCAAUAUAACAUCUACACUUCAUCAAGACUCACAAGCAAAGCCCGUCGUCUCUAACUCUCUUGAGAAGAAGAUCAGUCAAGGAAAAGACAGCGCUAAGUCAAUGAGUACGAAAGAGAAGGAGCACUCAGAAAAUACGAAGACGUCUUCGGUAGCUGAACAAUCCCCAAGUAAUAAAAAUAGAAUUUCGGAGACAGUUGAUCCUAAAUCUGUUAACAAAAACCUUAAACUUUCUGAUACAGUUGAGUCUAAGCCUGUCAACAAAAACAUCAAAGUAUCUGAGACGGCUGAGCCUAAAUCUGUUAGCAAAAGUCAAAAGGUGACUUGGUACAACAAAGGGAAGUUCACGACAACGCCAUUAUUUUUUACUCUCACAACAACAACACGAAAACCUUCCGACAAACAGGCUGCACUCCCGAAGAAACAGUCCAGUAGUCUCAAACAGAACAAAGAAACAAGUCAAAAAGAUGAAAGUAAUGAGGAUGAUACCGAGUCUUUAGUGCGUUACAUCAUUGCAUCUUUGAUUUCCAAGAAAGUUGACAAUUUAAAACAAGACGCUGACCAAGUUGAAAUAGAAGAACACGAACCCCGCACCGUAGCCUAUAGAGCUGACGUCACACAAGCACACAACCACCACAAAGCUACCACAGGUCUGCCAACUAUUUCACCUUGGUUUGUUCCUGUUACUAGUAAAAUACUAGCAUCGAACCCGGUUGUGUACGGAGCCGCAGAAAAGAAUUUGCAUGCUAAACAAUACAGUAUCAACUCUUUAGAAAGUCAGGAUAAACUACACCACGACAGUAACCACAUUACUGCAGGAAACCCCGCAGCUGUGAUCCCACAGCCGUACAAUGGGGUCGUGUUAGGGUCGGAUUACAGCUACAACCAGGGCCGUGCUAACAACGUCAGAUCCGGUUAUCAAGCCAGUCCUUGGGAGAGCCGUAACGCUUACGACAACAGCGCUACCAUGAACGCGUAUCUGAACUCUCUCCAGGGGAUGUUCGGUGAAAGGAACUCUGGGAAGUCUGGGUACAGCUCGGUGGCGUACAGUAACAACGUGGCGUACCCCCAGGUUGCGAACAGCGUAAACUACGCCCAACCCUCUAACCACAACACACAGCCGCGACAGCAGCAGAGUUGGGUGAACGCCGCCGCUUCUAGUGUGGUGGAACCACUCGUCAAAGACCCCAACCAUAUGUGGGCGUCUCGCGCACAGCAGAGACAGGGGUACUACCAGCCCCAACAUGGGGUGGACGGCCCCCGUCUGGUUUGUGAAGCUUUAAUCACCCUCGGGGGUGGUAUGGAUAAGUGGUGCACGGACAACUGCAACGCCAACUUCUGCCCGGAGACGAUCUGCGUGUGUAAGAGGCAGCAGCUGGAACCUGUCCCAGCAUACAACAGCUACUCAUCCUUGUCCAGGAACCCGAGCUCUGCAUGGAGCAAUCAAAGACCAAUCCCUGAGGCUUACAGUGCAAGGUCGUCUCUAUACAACACAUUGGCCAGGAAACACGCACCAGCACAUCACAGCACUACAGAUAUUGACCGAGUUCAAAUGUUGACAUCACGUGCGCCAUCUUUCUUUUCGUUCCAGACGACAGCUUUCCAAUCCCCCGCCCCCACCACCUCCACCUUCGCCGCCUACCAUCCAAACAGCCCUAAAAACAUUGCCAGCUCGAAUUCUAUUUACCAGCAGCCUCAGUAUUUCAACCAACCAGAAAGCUAUAACAGAAACAACUUCAAUGCAGUUGACCAAUCAGCGCCAUCGUUUCAAAAUACGCAGAAUAAGAUUGGUCAAUCAAGCCACAAUUUGAUGAGCCACGCCAAUCAAAACACACAAAACAUGAUUAGCCAUUCAAGUAACCAGAUGAACACUGACAACGCAUUACCCCUAGGUGUCAGCUGGAUAUCUUCAAGUGAUAAAACGCAAGACGGAAACGUGCAAGAAUCGUCUUCGCAAAGAAGAUACAGAGCGUCCAGUUCAAUGGUACUUGACAGCAGACCAAAGCGAUACGAACAAACGAACAGCAAUCGCAUCGUAGCAAGCCACACCGCAGAAGAACCUUACACACCACAGCGAUCUUCCCACAAGGUAGAGCCACAAAACUCAAGGCCUCAUAUGCAAGCCUACAUGGCAAGCCCCCAUCAGGACAGCCCCUCGGUCAGGGCCGAGAAGCCCACGCGGCUCAACUGCCGGGCCGUGGGGGCGUACCGUGGGCUGGACCACUUCGACGAGUGGUGCGAGUCUACUUGUGUUAGCUCCGUAUGUCCGCUCCUCAUGUGCGAGUGUGAUAGCUAGUUCUACAGCUAGUUUUA